AGAUCUGGAUCCAGCUUCAAUAACGGAUGGAAAAUUAUGGCGCUCGAUGGUCAAGUGACCUUUUUGUCAACAGAAUUGUCACGGGAUUCCCGGAGACCAAGAACUCCCAGGAGAAGCCCAAGGUUUAGAAUGAACGAGGAAGAAGAAGAAGAAAGUGGAAACGAAAGAAAUCCGUCAAAUAUGGGGAUGACAGCACCGAUUAUUGGUUAUGAAAUAGUAGAUAAUCGACAGAAAUUCACGGUUUACAAAAUUGAAGUUAAAAGUCAGAAUAAAAGUUGGUUUGUUUUUCGCCGUUACACUGAUUUCACAAGGCUAAAUGAUAGGUUGAGAGAUGCUUUUCCAGAAUUUCAAAUCAGGCUCCCUGGCAAACGCUGGUUCAAGGACAAUUUUGAUCCAGAAUUCAUAGAAGAGAGAGCAAGAGGAUUACAAUUUUUCAUUAACAAUAUUAUGAAUCACUCUGACAUAUGCAACAGUCAUGAGGUACAAGAGUUCUUCUGCCUUAAUGAUCCUCCUGGACCUUAUGACAGCUUGGAAGAAAGCAGAGCCUACUGUCAACACUUGGAAAACCAAGCUGAGGACUUGAAACAGAAGGUGGAUGAACUAACAGCAGACCUCAAAAUGACAAAAUCGCAGCUCCUGCAGGCACGAGUACAACAGGAAGCUCUUAUAAGUGCUCUUAGAUCAGAGCGAACACUGAGAAAGAAAGGAUUCAAAGGAAAUGGAAAAGAUUCUUCUAGGACUGAUGAAUUGAUAGAGAAAAGUGAAAAAAUGGCACAUGCUGAUGGUCUGAAAGGAAAAGUUUUCCACUUGAUGUCAGAUUAUCAAAUCAAAAGCAAGGGAAGGAUGUCAAGUACCUCUGAAAAUGAUACUGAACCUGGAGAAGAUCAUUCACAACCAUUUUGGGUGGGAAGUGUGGAGAUUGCAGAGCAUUCAGAUGGAGCUGAUAGAAUGAUGUCCUCUAAUCUGGCCAGGCGGCUUUCAACUGAGCAGAGAAAUCCUCGCACAUCUACUCCUGUGUCUAGUUCAAGUCAUGACAGUCCAAGCUGUCUGGAACCUUUGCAACAAGAUAGUAAAAAAGAACUUGGAGUAUCUCAACAAACUGGUGAAAAUACUGAAAACUCAGAGGUGUUGCAGAUAAGUAAUGAGAAAGGGACAAAAAGGGAAACAAAUAAUGUUGAGGGAACUUCCACAAAUCCAUCAAACAGAAAGUCAAGUACUUCCUCCCGUAAGAGAGACAGUGGGAUAAGUGUUGAUGCCUCACCAACACCUAGCACGUAAAUUAAUUAUUUUUUAGAUAGAUUGUAAGUAUGCAGUGAUUUUCAUGGAUUUCUCAUAGAUUGUUUAUUUUAAAGUCAACGCUUCCGAAAAGUCUGCUUGGAAUUUCAUGAAUCUGUUCUGAAGAGGUCUGUAGUGGAGUGUUAAGUGUAAUUCUGCCAUUUAAUCUGCCCCAAAUGGAGUUAAAAUGAGAAAAGUUAAGAAUUACUCCUGUUAGUUAUCUUUGCUUCUGGAAUGAUUUUUUUUGUGUGUGGAAUUGUGAUUGUUUUUCUUUUGAGGGAAACUGAAAUUUUCUUGUUUACUUUGUUUUGUUUCUGUACAAAGCAGUUUAUAGAAAAAAGACCUUUAAUCAAUUUUGGUAUUUUUGGGAGAGAUAACUGAACAACUUUCAAUAAACUCUCACGGGGCUGACCAACAUAUAAAUAUUGAAUGCCUAAGUUUUGGCCGACAAAAAAUUUUAAAUGCUGUUCUCAAGCUUACAAGUUGCCCAACACUUGUUAGACUUCGGAUCUGCCAUAGUACAUAGGCUUCUUAAGGAUAGGCUUAAUUCUUAAGUUCAGUUGCAAUCAGUUGAAGUCUUUAAAAAAGACACACCUGCCCUGCUUAUCUAAUUAACAUCAAUCAGCCAAUGACCUAGAACUGCUCUGGCUGCUCAUUUUUCACAUCAGAUUGUAAACAAUUGAAAUGAUUCACAGUAGUGUUGGUUUUGCCCUUAACCUGAGAUUUGUGUUUAACGAUGCCUAGAAUAAACUCAGGAUAAGUUGAAAAUUGGAGGUGAGCAGUGCAUGAUUGAAAGAACUACAGGUAAACUAAAUCAUGAUGUCUGAUGAUAUGAUGAAUUCUUUGGAAACUCUUGAAGGUUGUUACUGUGUUUGAGCUUGUCUGCUUACUUGAAAUACAUAGUUAUUUUACUUGGA